UACACGUGUAAGUUUAAAGUCAUUCGUGUAGUAGAAGUGUUAGUCGGCGAAGAUUGAGAAAAUGAGUACCGUUACAUGUAUCGCAUCCGUCAAUAUAGCCGUUAUAAAAUAUUGGGGAAAGAGAGAUGAAACUUUAAUCUUGCCAGUAAAUGAUUCCAUUAGUGCUACCUUAGAUACAGAUCAUCUACACACAAAAACUACUGUAAUGAUCAGUCCAACUUUUAAAGAGGAUCAGAUCUGGUUAAAUGGACAGGAAGAAGAUAUCAAGAAUCCUAGAUUGCAAAAUUGUUUAACACAAAUUAGGAAAAGGGCAAGAAAUUCCAAUCAUAUAGAUCAAUGGAAAGUUCAUAUUUGUUCAGAAAAUAAUUUUCCAACUGCAGCUGGUUUAGCUUCUAGUGCAGCAGGAUAUGCUUGCCUUGUAGCAGCUCUUGCUAAACUAUAUCAAGUAGAGGGUGACAUUAGUUCAAUAGCUCGUAUUGGUUCUGGUUCAGCAUGCCGAAGUGUUAUGGGAGGUUUUGUAAGAUGGUAUAUGGGUUCUGAACCAAAUGGUGCUGAUAGCAUAGCUAAACAAAUUGUGCCUGCCUCUCAUUGGCCAGAAAUGAGAAUUUUAAUAUUAGUUGUAAAUGAUGCAAAGAAAAAAGUUUCCAGUUCAGUUGGAAUGAAAAGAACCAUGGAAACAUCUGAUCUUGUACAAUACAGAAUAAAACAUGUUAUUCCUGAGAGAAUGAAGAGAAUGGAACAGGCAAUUGUAGAAAAGGAUUUUAAAACAUUUGCUGAACAUACAAUGAAAGAUUCAAAUCAAAUGCAUGCAGUAUGUUUGGAUGCAUAUCCACCAUUUGUUUAUAUGAAUGAUGUUUCACAUGCCAUUGUUGAUCUUGUUCAUGCUUAUAAUGAAGCUGUGAAUGAAGUAAAGGUUGCAUAUACUUUUGAUGCAGGACCAAAUGCAACUCUAUAUCUCUUGGAAGAAAGUGUUCCAGAAUUUAUGGGAGUAUUAAAUCAUUUCUUCCCACCAGGAAUUAAUUUAGAAAAAUACAGGAGAGGGUUACCUCUUAAUAAAGUUAUAUAUUCGCCAGAUCUAUUUAAUAACAUUAAUGCAAAAAAACAAGCACCAGAAUCUCUUAAAUAUAUUAUUUACACUAAAGUUGGAAAUGGUCCUAAGUAUUUAGAGGAUCCCAAAGAUCACCUUUUAAACAAAGAAGGAUUGCCUAUUAGUUAAGUUACUAAAAAUGGGUUGUAUUUAUUGAAAAUGAUUUUAAUUCAUUGUAAUUAGCAGAUAGAUGCAUUUAUUAUAUAAUGAAAAAUGUAUUCUUGUUUAUAUUA